AUGGGUCUAAAAAAUCUAGGUUCAUUCUUCUCCCUGAAGGCUCUCGAUUCCAGGCUAGAUCCAGGAACAGAUCAAAAGCGCAUACAGAAGGCCAAUCUAGGAGCAACGAAAAGCCGGUGGAAUACGCUAGAAUUCAAACUAUAUUAUGUUGCUUUCGCAGUCAUUGUUCCGAUGAUGGUGAAAGCUGCAAUGUCGGCUACAAACGAGCAGAACCCCAACUUUCCAAGAAUUGAGCCAUUGCUUAGCCAAGGUUGGAUCGGGGGCCGUAAGGUGGACAACAGUGACUCGCAGUACAGGUUUUUCCGUGACAACCUUCCUCUUCUUCUUGGUCUCGCUGUGUUACAUGUGCUUCUGAAGAAAAUCGUGCUGCGAGCCUCGCAGUGUCGAAAAGUCACAUUCGAUUUGAUUUUCGGGCUUAUUUUUCUGUUCGCAGCGCAUGGUGGCAACGCUCUGCGUGUUUUGGGACACUUGCUGAUCAAUUUCACGAUUGCCAAGUGUCUUCGCAGAAGGCCGAGAGUGGCCAAAUUCUUGACCUGGACUUACGGUAUUGGGUCUUUAUUUAUUAACGACAACUACCGCAAGUACCCUUUCGGAAACGUUCUGUCCAUUCUGUCCCCUCUAGAUUCGUCCUUUACAGGCAUAAUUGAACGUUGGGAUGUAUUUUACAAUUUCACAUUGCUGAGAAUGCUAAGUUUCGAUAUGGACUUCCUUGAGAAGUGGCAGGAAAUUAAGAAAGUCAAAAAAAGUGCCACACCUUCGCCUUCACCACCAAUCAAACCAGAGCUCAAAAGAUCAGCAUCUUCUGCUACGACCCUAGAGACCAUUUGUGAAAACGGCAACAACAAUUUACUUCUCGAAGAACGUGCAAGACUCAACGCUCCUCAUCACAUCCAAGAUUACUCCUUGUCUCAUUACCUCGCUUACAUCACCUACACUCCACUAUUUAUCGCGGGGCCAAUAAUUACUUUCAAUGACUAUUUGUACCAGUCCCAACAAACCUUGCCAUCUAUUAACCGUAAGGCAAUAGUCAUUUACGCUUUACGAUUUUCAUUUUGCGUAUUGACGAUGGAAGUUGUCCUGCACUAUAUUUAUGCCGUUGCGGUUUCUAAAACAAAAGCUUGGGAAGGCGACACGCCUUUUGAGAUCUCAAUGAUUGGUCUUUUCAACCUCAAUAUCGUCUGGUUGAAGCUAUUGAUUCCUUGGAGACUUUUCAGACUGUGGUCUUUGGUUGAUGGAAUCGAUCCACCUGAAAAUAUGCUUCGCUGCAUGAAUAAUAAUUUUAGUGCAUUGGCGUUCUGGAGAGCAUGGCACAGAUCAUUCAAUAAAUGGGUUGUGCGUUAUAUUUAUAUCCCAUUGGGAGGUUCUAAUAGUCGGAUACUCACUUCCUUGGCUGUCUUCUCUUUUGUGGCGAUCUGGCAUGAUAUCGAGCUGAAACUUUUGCUAUGGGGUUGGCUCAUUGUUCUGUUUUUGUUGCCAGAAAUAACUGCACAGCAGUACUUUUCAGGCUGUCAUAAAAGGCCUUGGUACAGAUACCUGCGCUCUGUAGGUGCUGUAUUCAAUAUUUGGAUGAUGAUGAUCGCCAAUUUGUUUGGGUUCUGUUUGGGUUACGAUGGUACCGUCUAUCUCAUCAAAGGACUUUUCUUGACUUGGUCGGGUAUCAAAUUCCUGAUAUGUGCAAAUGCGGCCCUCUUCGUAGCCACGCAAGUCAUGUUUGAGCAAAGAGAGCAUGAGAAACGGAAAGGAGUAAAUGUAAAAUGCUAG